CCGGUACCCGCGGCCCCCCGCGGGGUGUCCCCGCCCCCGCUUCCUGCCGCGCUGGGUCCCUGCCCCGGAGGGACGCGGGCGGCGGCGGCGGGGCCGGCCCCGGGGGAGAGGAGGUGGCGGGGACCAUGCUCCCAGAGGAGGUCCGGAGGCUCCUGGAAGAUGCUGAAUGUUACCUGGCGGAUGGACUGCAGAAUGAAAACUUGAGCCCUAAUGCAAGGGAGCAGAGAGAUGCAAUUCUCUUCAGCUUUCAGCAAGUCAAAGCCAGGUAUCACUUGGAAUUUCUGCCCCGAGGAGAGGAUCAGCAUGAUGCUGGCUUUGGACAAGACAGUUCUGAUGAAAAUCAAAGCUGGAGUUUGGCCCCUUCCAUGACAUCUGAUGUCUCACUUCCAUCAGACUUCCUAGAUGAUGGACUGGAGGAAGUCACACCGAGGCCUGUUCAAGACACAGGGAACAUUCUGAAGCAAGGAUAUCUGGAGAAGAGGUCCAGAGACCAUAGCUUUUUUGGAUCAGAGUGGCAGAAGCGGUGGUGUGUCCUCAACAAAAGGACCUUUUUCUACUAUGCCAAUGAGAAAAGCAAGCAACCUAAAGGCACCUUCUCCAUCGAGCAAUAUAGUGCCCGGCUGGCUUUCCAUCUCCGCAAGGACUCUCGCAGAAGAUGCUGUUUUGAAUUAAUCUGCCCUGGCAAACGCACCUAUGAGUUCACAGCCCCAAGUCCGGCAGAGGCUGAAGAUUGGGUGGAUCAGAUCCAGUUCCUCAUGAAGGACUUGAGUUCCCUCACUAUCCCAUACGAUGAGGAGGACGAGGAAGAGCUCUACAAUGAUGUGGACAGUUCUGACUCGGUGACCACAGCAUCCCACAACACUACCCUGAAUCCGGAUGAUGGGAUGGAAGAGGAUGACGUCUAUGAGGUUUUUCCAGAGAAGGAGCCCUCCAUCCCAGAGGACAGCGAGGAUUCCGGGAGCGGACAGAGAAAUGGAGGCCCCCAGCGAGAUUACGCCAAUUACUACCAAGGCAUGUGGGACUGCAGCGGCGAGCACCCCAACGAGCUCUCCUUCCACCGUGGUGACCUCAUCUACAUCCUGAGCAAGGAGUACAACAUGUACGGCUGGUGGGUCGGGGAGCUCAACAACACCGUUGGGAUCGUCCCGAAGGAUUACCUGGUGGCUGCCUACGACCUGGAGGAGUGAUGAGGACCGUGGCACCCAGGUGGAUCCUGCACAGACCGACCCCAGCGCCAGGCGCCCCCUCCUACCAGAACCUGCUGCACCAAGAUCCCGGCCCCACGCGGGGUCCUGGAGCCCUGACCUGCCCCCAGCACCCGCUGCAGCCCCCGGGCACCCCCAGCCUCCCCCGCCCAGACCCACGGGGAUGGGGUCGAGCUCUCCGGGCUGUGGGGGUGCCGGCAGCCCGCAAUAAAGCCAUUUUCCUCUCCGUG